ACCAUGGUGGCACACAACAGAGCCGAGCGGCGGAUCUAGCUUCACUUUUAGACUCAUAAAAGAGAGAGGGAGAAAAAAUGUUUUUAUAAUGAAUUUCCUCACUGAGUGCACCGGUGUCUACCGCUCAUAAUGGACGAUAUGUUGUUGUUGUUAACGGGGUAAUUUAACAGACUUUUUUUUUCCUCUUGGCGGAUCCUUAAUGGGAUUUAUUUUCGUCGCUAGCAGAAUGCUGAAGAGACGAAGAAUGUCUGUGGUGAAGGCUGGCGUGAAUGCUAAUAAAAUAAUUGCAGAGAAGACUUCCAGCUUUUAAGAUAAGUUAUUUUUUUCUCCCUGUUGGCGGCGGGACAAGCGGCGGCGUCCUCCGGCUCGGGCUGAGAAACGCACACGGAGCAGACUGCCCGUCUGUCGGGCUCCAGUCGUGGCCUGGCGGCGGGGACACUCCCAGCUCAUCCGCUAGCAUCGACAGCAAAGAAAUCAAGAGGAAAAAUAAACACCGAGGGACUUCUUUUAAAAACACCUCCAUCCCGCGAUCACUCCCAAGCAGUCUCCACGAUAAGGAUUAAAGCAUUUCCAGACGUCGUCUCAACAAAACAAUGGCGUCUUAUGUGGAUAACAGCUUUCGGCAGGCUGUGAUGAUGAAUCCGGCAGAAAGGACGCAACAGGACCUCGAGAUCGUCUACUCUUAUCUCCACGGCAUGGAGGCCUUGUCUAACCUACGAGAGCACCAGCUGAGGAUAAUGUGUGAGACGGUGCGUUACGAGAGACAUGAGGCGAAUGAAGUGCUGUACUACCCGGAUGAUAUUGGGAGCUGCUGGUACAUCUUGCUGUCUGGCUCGGUCUUCAUCAAAGAAUCCAUGUUCCUGCCCAGAAGCAGUUUUGGAAAGCGAUCAGCAGGCAGCUUGCGGCGUGGAUGUGAGUGCAUCGUUCUAGAACCAUCUGAAAUGAUAGUGGUGGACUAUAUGGAUGAAAAUGAGGAAUACUUUCAGCGACAAGCCUCGCACAGACAGUCUCGCCGGCGGUUUCGGAAGAUCAACCAGAAAGGGGAGCGGCAGACGAUCAUCGACACAGUCGAUCCGUACCCCACUGGGAAGCCACCCGUAGCUCGGGCGUACCACACGGAAUGCAAUAAAGCUCAGCUCCCCGCAGACUUCAGCAGACUUCACCUGGCUGAUGGCUUGCACCCACAGGUGACCCACGUCUCCUCCAGCCACUCAGGAUGUAGUAUCACCAGCGACUCUGGAAGCAGCAGCCUGUCAGACAUUUAUCAGGCCACAGAGAACGAACCAGGUGACAUGGACCUGAGUGGCCUGCCAGAGACUGCGGUCGACUCCGAAGAGGAUGAUGAUGAGGAGGACAUUGAGCGAGCAUCGGACCCUCUCAUGAGUCGGGACAUCGUGCGAGACUGCCUGGAGAAGGACCCUAUGGACAGGACUGAUGAUGACAUAGAGCAAUUACUGGAAUUCAUGCAUCAACUGCCAGCAUUUGCCAACAUGACCAUGUCAGUGAGACGGGAGCUCUGUGCCGUCAUGGUCUUUGCGGUUGUCGAACGCGCUGGCACCAUCGUUCUCAAUGAUGGAGAAGAGCUGGACUCGUGGUCUGUGAUCCUCAAUGGUUCUGUGGAGGUGACGUACCCCGAUAAUCGGACAGAGAUCCUGUGUAUGGGGAACAGUUUUGGUGUGUCGCCAACCAUGGAGAAGGAGUACAUGAAGGGCAUCAUGAAAACCAAGGUGGAUGACUGCCAGUUUGUGUGUAUAGCACAGCAGGACUACUGCUGCAUCCUCAACCAGGUGGAGAAGAACAUGCAGAAGGUGGAGGAGGAAGGCGAGAUUGUCAUGGUGAAGGAGCAUCGUGAACUAGAUCGCACCGGCACCAGAAAAGGACACAUCGUCAUCAAGGGCACAGCAGAACGCCUCACCAUGCACCUGGUGGAAGAGCACUCGGUGGUGGACCCCACCUAUAUCGAGGACUUCCUGUUGACCUACAGGACCUUCCUCUCUAGCCCUAUGGUUGUGGGCAAGAAGCUGCUGGAAUGGUUCCACGACCCCAGUCUCAGGGACAAGGUUACACGGGUAGUCUUGCUGUGGGUAAACAAUCACUUCAAUGACUUUGAGGGCGACCCUGCCAUGACCCACUUUCUGGAAGAGUUUGAAAACAACUUGGAGAAAGAAAAAAUGUGUGGGCACCUCAGACUGUUAAACAUAGCGUGUGCUGCUAAAGCCAAGCCGCGGCUGGUGACGCUGACUAAGCCGUCGAGAGAGGCACCCCUGGCCUUCAGCCUUCUGGGAGGUCAGGAGAAAGGUUUCCGCAUCUUCAUUGAUGCUGUGGAGCCCAGGAGCAAGGCAGCAGAAGCUGGCCUUAAACGUGGCGAUCAGAUCUUGGAGGUCAAUGGACAGAACUUUGAGAAUGUCCAGCUUAGCAAAGCCAAUGAGAUUUUGAAGAACAACACCCAUUUGUCCAUAACUGUGAAAACAAACCUUUUAGUGUUUAAAGAGCUGCUAACCAGGCCUGAGCAUGACCACGAGUUAGAUGGUGAGGAGGAACAUGACAGAAAGAACGGAGCUCCACACCUUCCAAAAAUUGGAGACAUCAAAAAGGCUAGCCGCUACUCCAUCCCCGACCUGGCCGUUGAUGUGGAGCAGGUGAUGGGUCUGGAGAAGGUCAGCAAGAAGACGAAGAGCAACUCAGUUGGUGGCCGCAACAAGCUGAAGAAGAUUUUCGACAAAACGAUCACCAGCAUCCUCCCCCCCAAACCGUACAAUGAUGUUUGUGUGGGCCAAUCACAGGACGACAGCAUUGUGGGAAUGAAGCAAUCCAAACAGAUCCCACCAGCUCUUCCUGUCAGUGGCAAUCUCUCCUCAUCAAACCCGGACCUGCUGCAGUCGCACCACCGCAUCCUCGACUUCAACAACCAGCCUGACAUGUCCGACCAGGUGUUGCGAGUCUUCAAAGCAGACCAGCAGUCGCGGUACAUCAUGAUUGGCAAGGACACCACAGCUAAAGAGGUGGUGGCCCAGGCCAUCCGGGAGUUUGCCCUGACUGCUGCACCGGAGGCUUAUUCACUGUGUGAGGUGUCCGUCACACCAGAGGGCGUCAUCAAGCAGAGGAGGUUACCCGACCAACUCUCAAAGCUGGCAGACAGGAUUCAGCUGAGCGGCAGAUACUACCUGAAGAGUAACAUGGAGACAGAGACCUUAUGUUCAGAUGAGGAUGCGCAGGACCUUCUGCGGGAAGGCCAGAUCUCCCUGUUACAGCUCAGCACAGUCGAGGUGGCCACACAGCUUUCCAUGCGAGCCUUCGAGCUUUUCUGCGCCAUCGAACCAACCGAAUACAUCGAUGACCUGUUCAAGCUGCGCUCCAAGGCAGGCUCGGUCAGCCUGAAGCGCUUUGAGGAGGCCAUCAACCACGAGACGUUCUGGGUGGCCACAGAGGUGACGCGGGAGCCCAACCAGCUCAAACGUAUGAAGACCAUCAAGCACUUCAUCAAGAUCGCGCUGCACUGUCGCGAGUGUAAAAACUUCAACUCCAUGUUUGCCAUCAUCAGUGGUCUGAACCUGGCUCCAGUCUCCAGACUGAGGGGAACAUGGGAGAAGCUACCUAGCAAGUACGAGAAGCUGUUCGGGGACCUGCAGGACCUUUUUGACCCUUCAAGAAACAUGGCCAAAUACAGGAAUGUGCUCAACAAUCAGAAUCUCCAGCCACCAAUCAUCCCCCUGUUCCCCGUCAUUAAGAAGGAUCUCACCUUCCUGCAUGAAGGCAAUGACUCUAAAGUGGAUGGUCUGGUGAAUUUCGAGAAGCUUAGGAUGAUUGCAAAAGAAAUUCGCCAUGUUGGGCGCAUGGCCUCUGUCAACAUGGACCCGGCCCUCAUGUUCCGAACCAGGAAGAAGAAAUGGAGAAGUUUAGGGUCUCUAAGUCAGGGUAGCGCCAAUGCAGCAGUGCUCGAUGUCACCCAGACAAGCGGACACAAGAAGCGGGUGCGGCGCAGCUCCUUCCUGAAUGCCAAAAAGCUGUAUGAGGACGCUCAGAUGGCCCGGAAGGUCAAACAGUACCUGUCUAACCUGAGUCUGGAAGUCAAUGAGGAGAGUCUACAAACACUCUCACUGCAGUGUGAACCAUCCAUUAGUACAUUGCCCAAGAAUGCCGGUGGGAAACGGCCGGACACGUCUCCAGUCGUGUCCAGAGCUGCCUCUCAACAGAGAGGCCAGCUAGCUAAAGGUAACCAGGUGCUCCAGGUCCCCGCCGUGGCCCUCUACCCGUCGAGAAAGAAAGUGCCUGUCAAGGACCUGCCACCUUUCGGAACCAGUUCCCCCCAGUCUCUGAAGAAGAUUCUGUCUCUGUCUGAGGAGGGAAAUGAACGGCAUCGGAGGCACACAGAGGACACCAUGUCCAACGCCUCCUCCCAGCUCUCUUCUCCUCCCACCUCCCCACAAAGCUCACCCAAGAAGGGCUACUCCAGGAUGGGAGACACAUACUCGGACUCUGGCCACAGUGAGAUCUCCUCUCGCUCAAGCCUGGUCAGUAACUCUUCUUUCGACAUGGCCCAGGAGGAGAGGAGGCACCGACACGCCGGUGGAGUCGGGGAAUCUUACACUGGAGGAACACGGCUGGAACGACGAGCCACCACAGACCCCGACCAGUACAGCCUCGGGUCGUAUUCGUCCAUGCAGGAUUGUCGCGGCAUUUACGCCGGCUGUCCGACUGUCCUAUCAUCACCCAGCUCAGAGGAGCUGACUCAGGAUCAGGGCGAUCGCGUUUCCCUUGAUGCUGCAGACAGCGGCCGUGGUUCCUGGACUUCAUGUUCCUCUGGUUCUCAUGACAACAUCCAGACCAUGCAGCAGGGUCGUAGCUGGGAGACUCUGGCCUUUGGCGGAGGUGGAGGAGGUAUCGGAGGGCUCCCACCUGGGGGACCAGAGGCCUUACUAGGCGGGCCGGCUGCUCUGUGGGCAGCCCAGGCCCGGGGCAGCUGGGCGUCUGCCAGCUCCUCCUCAUCCUCUGCGGCGUACUGGGGAGAAGACUCUGAGGGUGACACCGGCACCAUUAAGAGGAGAGGAGGGAAGGACGUCAACGCCGACCCAGAAACAAGUAGCAUCACAUCCACUGGAUCAGAGGAGGCAAAACACAGCCGACCCUCCCCAUCACCAAUCACAGCUGGGGGAAAAGGUCUUCUCUCACGGAAAGAAGGUCGCUACCGUGAGCCUCCUCCCACUCCACCGGGCUACACUGCUCUGACCAUCUCUGACAUCGCGGAAGGACAACAUCCGAACCAGUCUGUCCCCACGUCUACAGCCAGCCAUUCGGGCCGCCGGCCACCAGACUACACCACGGCUCUGCAGCGCUCGCGCAUGGUCACCCAAUCGCCCGACUCUCACCAGGCCCACCAGGCGGCCAAACAGCGGUCGGGCGGACUCCACCGCACUCACUCACCAGCCGAGGAGCAAGAGCCCGAGGAGGAAGAGGAGGGUGAGUCCUUGUCUUCCAAACUAGUGGCACUGAGGAAGCCAAAGCCAGUGGCACAGCACACAUCUGAGACUCCCAGACCAUGAGCGUGUGUGUAUGGGGGUUAACAGGCAGAGGACGAACAGGUGUCUGCCGUCUGAGGGACGACGGCGUGGACGCUUGCUUGCAGUAAUGUGAACUCCGCCUCAUUCGGGGUGGGCAGGAUGAACGAGACUGACGGAUAAACAGACUCACCAUCAGCGACGUACGUGCCUGCCUCCCCCACGUAGCUCCCCCCUCUGGACGGGCGAGUCGUUCAGCUUGUCUCCCUCCUUUGCCUUAAAGCAUCACGGGGGUGAUGAACGAACGUGCAUGCAAAAAAAAAAAGACAAACAAUUACUGUGAAGAGAUGGAUGAAGGCUGAGGAUGAUUGGAAAAUGUCUGGCACUUUGGACACAAACAACAAAAACCUAAACCCAUGCUGAGGUUCCACCUGGAUAACUGCAUAAAAACUAAAAAAAAAAAACUCCACAUAGAUGUCGCUGUUUCAUACAAGGCGCCAACCUGCCUGUUAGCAUGACAGCAUCAUGACGUGUUGAGCUUCAUCUGCACUUUCUCUAGAAAACAGAACAAAAGCAACAGACUGUUUGAAGAUGGAGAGAAACAAACGCUGACUUGACUCAAAGUUUCCAACUUCCCACUUGUUUUUUUUUUUUCCUGUCUUUUUUUACUUUUUGACUGAUUGCACUCUGGGGCUGAGAAAAAGGCACCACGUCGGCCCGUUUCUCUGCCAGGACUGAACCCAACAACCUGUUGUCAAGUGUUUGAACUCUAAAUCCAGUAUUAACUCAAGUUUCAUAUGUGAAAGAUUAUUUAAAGUGUUGGUUGUAAAUCAAAGUGAGGGAGUGUAUGUGAGACACACACACACACACACACACAUUAUGUACAAGUGCAUAUGCAAAAA